AUGUAUUUAGUGGCAAGGAUCUUGUACAUAGCGUCAGAUACGGAGAGGUACAAGAGUGAGUUUUCUGGGGAUGUGAAUAAGUUGUGGAGGAGGAAGGUGGUGAUAACAACGCCCUCGAUAAUAGAGGGAGUGAAUUAUGAGGCCGAGAGGCCGAUCAAUACGUACUGUAUAUCGACAUUUGCGAGGACCUUAACGCCAGAUCAGAAAGUGCAGCAGUUAGCAAGGAAUAGGAAUUGUCAGAUGUUGUUCUUUUACAUAAAUUAUAAGUUGAAGCCGGAGAGCAUGAUAUAUGCGGGAAUGCCGGUGCAUAAAGACAUAGAUGAUUGUAGACGGACUUACAAUGAGAUGUGUUUAGGUAGCAAUGUGUUGAAUGGCAUAAUGAAGAAGACGGAGGAUAUGAUAGAGAUAAAUAGGGAGAUGAAGAAUGUGGAUACUGACAACUUCUGUUCGAAGGAUAGUAUGCACAACAAGGAAUUGAUGAAGAUCUUGUAUAGGCAGGAUACACAGAUGUUGAAUUAUGAGCAUUACUAUAUCAAGAAUUUAGAGAGGUUAGGGAUGGUGGUAAUAAGGAAUUACUACAAGGAGGAAAAAGAGAUAAAGCGUGAGAAGAAGGAUGAGGUGAUCUACAAUAAUAUGGAGGUGAUGAGUUUCCUGAGGAUGAGGAAUAUAGAGAUAGAGGAUGGUUUGAGAGAGAUAACAUAUACGAAGGAUGAAGUGCAAGAAAUGUUGUUGAGGGAGAGGGAGAGUAGGGAGAAUGAGGACUUUGAUAGGAUGUUGAGAUGCAAUGAUGUGAAGGCGAGUAGGUCGAAGGAGGAGCAAUGGAGAAAUAGGAUCCAACAUUAUCUAGGGAGGGUACCUGAGAACAAGAGGGAGGAGUAUAUAGAGAGAUAUAGGGGUUUAUUGAUGGGUGGUUUAUCGGUGAAGAGUGAUAUGAAUGAGGCAUGCAAGAGGAUUAUAGAUCCGUUGAUAGAGCACAACAAGAUGGUGGCAUACAUGUAUAGGACAUCACAUUUGGAGGCGAUAUUGAAAAACAAGAUAUCAGAAGACAGUCCAAUGAAUGGGUAUAUGUCAUUCUAUAUGGAUAUGUGGAGGACGAAGGAGGUGAUGAGGAAGUACUUAGGUGUGAAGGAUUGUUUCGAUCUUGGAUGUUUGGACACAGGGAGGUACAAGGAUGAGGAGAUUGAGAUAGAAGAGGAUGAUAUGAGGAAUUAUUUUGAUGUGAUGGUGAUGGAGGAUACAGAAGAGAAUAGGAACAAGGAGGCAUUAGCAAAGUUGUACAACAAGAUGUUAGAGGAUGGAAAGAUGCCAACAUUUAGGAGACCUAGGAUCACGAAGUAUGUAUUAGCGAAGAGGUUAAGUUACAAGAAGGUGGCAGAGGAGAUACAAGGAGCAACAUAUAAAUGA